AGGGUGGGGGUGCAAUUCUGGAAGAUUCUAUUGGAAUCUUAUGAGUGGACCCCAUUUCAUUCGUUUAUUGUGGGGACUGUUUCUCUGUGCUAGCUGGUUAGCCUUCCCCGUAAUAGCCACAACGUAGCUACACACUCACUGUGGUGGGGACAAAAAGGUUUUAGGAGCCAAUGACUGGAAUAGACUGAUAAUCUGUUCCCCACUGCAAAGAUGUCAAAGAGGCCAUCCUAUGCCCCUCCCCCUCCCCCAGCCCCUACAACACAAAUGCCCAAUACUACCGGGUUUGUGGGGUACAACCCAUACAGCCAUCUGGCCUACAACAACUACAGACUGGGAGGGAGCCAAGGCAGCAACAGUCGGGUAACGAAUUCCUCUGGAAUAAAUAUUCCAAAGCCACCCAAGCCACCUGAUAAACCACUUAUGCCAUAUAUGAGAUAUAGUCGAAAGGUUUGGGAUCAAGUAAAAGCCUCCAAUCCUGAUCUGAAGCUAUGGGAAAUUGGGAAGAUAAUCGGUGGCAUGUGGAGGGACCUCACUGAUGAGGAGAAACAGGAUUAUUUGAAUGACUACGAAGCAGAGAAGAUUGAGUAUAAUGAGAGUAUGAAGGCCUAUCACAACUCGCCAGCCUACCUGGCCUACGUCAAUGCAAAGAGUCGUGCUGAGGCAGCUCUAGAAGAGGAGAGCCGACAGAGGCAGUCAAGACUGGACAAGGGCGAGCCUUAUAUGAGUAUUCAGCCAGCUGAGGAUCCAGAUGAUUAUGAUGAUGGGUUCUCCAUAAAGCAUUCGGCUGCAGCUCGUUUCCAGCGCAACCACCGUUUGAUCAGUGAGAUCCUUAGCGAGAGCGUAGUCCCAGAUGUACGUUCAGUUGUAACCACAGCUCGCAUGCAGGUCCUCAAGCGCCAGGUCCAGUCUUUGAUGGUGCACCAGAGAAAGUUGGAAGCAGAGUUGCUUCAGAUUGAAGAUCGCCACCAGGACAAGAAAAGGAAAUUUAUUGAAGCUACAGAGUCUUUCACAAAUGAGCUCAAAAGGCUGUGUUGUAUGAAAGUGGAGGUAGACAUGGAGAAGAUUUCUGCCGAGAUUGCUGCAGCAGAGGAGGCAUCUCGUAAACGGAUGGCUGAACGUGAGAAGGAGACAGGAGACCAAAGUGCUCGAGAGGCCCCGGUGUGUGUCUUAGCAGAGGAAGAAAAACACAUUUGUGCAACGCAUGGCAGCAAACACAGGCAGAACUCUCUCAGUGAAAGUAGCAACAAGGAAGGCGAGGACACAGAAUCCAACCCCAUGGAUACUACAGGGAAGCCAAAGGCCUCAGAGGAGCUGGAGGCUCAUCCAGGCAGUGAAGAGGGGGCGUCAGAGGACAAGGAGAGUGUCCCAGAAGGAGCCAUGGAAGAGGGUACCAGUGACAGUAACACAGGUUCAGAAACCACUUCAGCACAGACAGAGGACGCCCCACCUAGUGAGCCAUCCUCAGAGGGCCCCAGCAGAGCACGAGCAGCCCACUGAUUGAACCCCUGACUGUCUUUGAACUGUAAGGCCAUUAUCACCUCCAUUGGCCUCCAGUAUCAUCCUCUGCUAAACAUAUAUUGCACAGUAUCAUCUCAGAUUGUAAAAGUAUAUGAAAAGUGUUCAAAUGGGCUCCAUUUUGUGAAACGGGCCUGAGACAAAGAUUCAGUUUUUAGUGAGUCUGAAAUCAUUUAGACUUCUAGACAUGCGUUGAAUACAAAUACAUGAAAAUUUUAAAACACUUCAAGUCUACAAAACAAUGGUCCUGUCUAACAUCGAUGACUGCUAAGUUCGCCACAGAAGCCCAUGAGAAAGCACUAUAUUCCCCCCACAGGCCUUAGUGCCAGCUGGGAGAACCCAUAGAGCCCCCUCUCAGCACAUAUCAAUACAUAUCCUGUCUUAGUCCCUAGCACUAUGUCUGGCAGAUCCCAGAUCAACGCAAAUUAUGACUCCACACACACACACACACACACACACACACACACACACACACACACACACACACACACACACACACACCCAUAUAUAUAUAUAUAUAUAUGUGUGUGUGUGUGUGUGUGUGUGUGUGUGUGUGUGUGUGUGUGAAAACCUGUCACAUGAAAAAAACAUUGUUCAAUGUUAUAUUUAACUUUGUCCUUUGUAUUGUAAUGUCAUUGUUGCUUUCAUUGUUAUUUUUGCAUGUUGCAAUUUUUUAAACUAAGUUGGCUUACUUGUGAAGAGUGGAGUGAGGUGACGUCUCCUACACAGGAGAACUUAUGUUUACUCAGUAUCAGUAUUAAAGUGACAGUAUCGUCUCAGGAGUUUGUAGUCAUUAGUAGUAGAGUUUUUUGUUAUUUAUUAUCAGCAUUUUAUUAUACUUGUGUAUUAGUUGUCCUGGGGCCCAGUCUAUCCAUAAACAUGUCUCAAAAUCAUCAAUGCUGUACAAUGCUCAAUUACCAGUGUUCUCAAGUUUGCUAGCUAUCAAUCAAAUCAAAAGCAGUACGCUUAGAACAUCUUAGUGUUAUGUUAUUAUCAGUAUUGCGAUUUUCAGCAGAAACCUUUUAAAUGUAAUUGUGUACACAGUGUUACAAAGUUUGCUUAAACAUGGAGUUUCAUCUUGUAAAGCAGCUUGAAAAAUGGUCAUAAACAUGCAGUCUUAAAAUGAAUUUCCUUUUACAUAUUUAUACCAAUAAACUUUUUCUACCCUGAACAA